AUACAGAAAGGCUUGAAUUGAUUUAAAAGAAAAAGAAAAACAUUCUUAGAGUUAAAAAAAAAACAUUUUAUAGAAUGCACAAGGACUAGAACUUGAACAUGUUUCCUCAGAUGGACAGUGUGUAAAUAGGAUUAACUCCUUUAUUUGUUAGAAAAGACAUUAAAUUAAAUACAGCAGAGAGAGAGAGAGAGAGAGAGAGAGAGAACAAUGUGUAAAACAGGGGCAAGAGCGAAGGGACCCAUCGGGGGGUGGAGAAGUGGAUAAAAAUCCGCUGUUUGAACAGCCCACCGGAAAACCAACCCAUGGCCCCUGGUUUUUUUCCAUAUUCCCCUGAUCCAGACUCCAUCGCUCCUUCGCCUUGCCCUAAAGCCAUCUCCUUUUAUACUCCUCCCCAUCACCUUCACCACCACCGCCAACAGAGACGCGAAUUCUCACAUCUCUGUCUUUCUUUUCUUACUUAUCGACAGGACCAAGACCCUUAUAGUGACAGCCGUAUGUGCCACCGCUCUUUCUCUCCUCCUCUCUGUCUCCCUCUCUAUAUAUACCGUGCUCUGGUUCCUCUGCUGGCUACCCAGAGUUGUUCAUUUCUCUCGUCGCCUUUUCUCCGUUGGUGCUUUCAUUGCAUACCCAUUUCUUAUUUUGGCAUUUUCUAGUGUUCUGGGCGUUGCCCAUCUCGAAUUAUCCUUUGCGUAGUUCCGCAAUCCAUGUAAUGCCAUUUGCUCUGUUCUUCGAUAGAGUUUGAUUUUGUGGGGAGUCUUGGUAUUGUGCCAAUACAGGGAUCGCAAUUCUUCACUUUAUUUGUAGAAUUUUCGGGGUUACCUGUAUAGGAUUACCUGUAACUUUGAGUUCCAAUGGGGAUUGAGCGGUUUUUAGCUGAUCGGAAAGGUAAUGAGUUUUGCGAAUUGCCGAAGGUGACGAACAGUAAGUCCAAGAAAAACCGGCGACGGCCGAAGAAGCCGCCGCUGCCGCUCUCUCCGGUGCAAAGGCUAUUUGAAACGUGCAAGCAAGUAUUCUCCUUUGGUGGGACUGGCACUGUUCCCCCUUCCAAUUAUGUCGAGCAGCUGCGUUCGGUUUUGGAUAGCCUCAAACCAGUAGAUGUUGGCCUCACUCCAGAUAUGCCAUAUUUUAGAGCAACACCUCCUGGACGAACUCCUGCAAUAACAUACCUUCACGUCUUUGAAUGUGAUAGCUUCUCGAUUGGUAUCUUCUGCUUGCCACCGGGUGGUGUCAUUCCACUUCAUAAUCAUCCCGGAAUGACUGUUUUCAGUAAGCUUCUCUUGGGUUCAAUGCACAUCAAAGCUUAUGACUGGGCAUCUGAUAUGCUUUGCAACACAGCUACAAAUGCCAACGGUGAGGUCCCUCAUGUCCGGCUGGCCACCGUUAAAGUGGACUCUGAUUUUACUGCUCCAUGCGGCACCUCAAUCCUUUAUCCAGCAACUGGGGGCAACAUGCACUGUUUCACUGCAUUGACAGCGUGCGCAGUCCUAGAUGUGCUGGGUCCACCGUACUCUGAUCCCGAUGGACGGCACUGUACAUACUACCUUGAUUACCCAUUUGCUCGCUUACCAGUUGAUGGCGUAGCAGUGCCCGAAGAAGAGAGAGAGAGUUAUGCAUGGCUUAAAGAGAGGGAGAAACCCAAGGACUUAACCGUGGUUGGGGCAAAAUACAGGGGCCCGAAGAUCGUUGACUGACUGAUCUAUUUCAUCUCUCAAACCAUGCUAGCUAUGACCGAUCUCACCUGUACUGGGCAGCUGGGGAACUUCUGUUUUGGUUCUUCUUUUUCUGUUGGGACACACCAGGCACUCGACCCCCCAAGCAUUCUCCUGCUGCGGCUUUCUUUCUCCUCUUUUUUGUACAUAAGCGAAAAAUAGAAAGAGUUGUCUGUAAGUGCUCCAGAAAGAAGUUCCAAAUUGUAUGUUUAGAAGUGCACUUUUUUCCUUGAGCAUAAUCAGUAUCCUGGGUUUUCUAAUCA